UGUCACAUGGCGGCGGCUUGUUUUGCUUGGCUGCGCGGAUGGGCGUUCAGCAUGUGGAGGAUGCCUUCGCCACCUUCAUCGAGCCCGCGCUGCGCCAGUGACCGCGCUUCGGAUUUCGGAGCCGAUUUUGCGGCGGCAGACGUUCGUACGCGUUGCUCCUAGUAAAAUUUGAUGUCCCUGCAAGAGACCAAGGAAGAGGGGGGGCGUUUGCACCGUUUCGAUUCUCUGAAACGCCCAGGGGGCCCCUGGAAACGGGAACCAAAUGGCCGCGGGGUCGGCGAGCUGCUUCCGAGCAGCCGGUGGCAGUACCACGUCCUCCCGGGCGGCGGUGCGGUGCGGCUGCGCUGGGAGAAAGCCGCGGGGCGGUGGAAGCUGUGGGCGGAGGCCGGGGAGAGGCUGGUGCUGGAGGCGACCUUCGAAAGCCCCGAGCCGCAGUUGGAGUUGUACACGGAAUCAACAUAUGUUGCUUCCCCCGCCUGGGCCUGUUGAAACAUUGCAGAGCCCGCCGCCCGCCCACGCGCAACUCCAAGCCCGAAUCGACC